ACAACACCUUGACCUUGGUAUUCGAUAAUAAUUGAAUUUGAAUUAUUGCCAAAUAAUUGUUAAGUUAAAUUGUACAUGGUACAUACAAUACAUGUCAUUGACAUUGAUUGUCACGUAAUGUCAUGUCCAUGUAAGUUCAUGUUGUCGUUGUGGCUUGUGCUUGGCCUGGGACCUAAACUUACUAGUAAACUUUUGAAGUCUAAAUUUACAACUAAGUAAAUUAAGAUUGGGAAACAGAUUGGACUUGUAAUCUCCUUCAGUCUUCAGUCUUUAACUUUACGAGUGAUACUGUGACUGUGAUAGUAGCUACAAGUACAAGCCUAAAUAAUAAGAGUAAAUAAAUACUAAACUGUAAUAAAGUAAACUGUAAGUGAACUGUAACCUACUUAAACUUAUUUAUUAUAAAAUAAAUUCAAGACUUAACACUUAUACUAUACCAUAAUACUAAUAGUUUACUAAUUACUUAAUAAAAGUUAAAACUAGUAAGUUUAAGUAAAGUACUGUAAAGGGCCAUUCAUAAAUCAUUAAAUGAUGUCACACAUCUAGGCAGUCUAGGUGGGGGAGGGGGGGGGGUCAGAUUUUUGUGAUGAUGUGUGACGAGGGGGAGGGGGGGCUGAAGGAAUGUGAAGUGACAUCAAAAGGGCUAUUUUGUAGUACAGAAUUGUAAUUACUAACCCUAAAUUACAGACAUUUUUAACAUUAUUUAACAUAAUUAUUUUAUUUUUAAACUACAAUCGCCGAGAGAAGCGCUAUAGGUAUGCGAGGUCCGAAAAAUGGUCUCUGAUCAAGUUACAGGACACCAAGGAGGAGGAGAAUCGGAAUGUAGUUACAAUGACUUUAUGGCUAAAUGUGGACCCGGGAGUCAUUGAAUUAGGACAUGAAGUGGGAUGGAACCAAAAUGGCUGACCGCGGGGAAGGAGGGGGGGGGGGAUCUUAGUAAAUGCGCCAGGCCAGGGAUUCUUAAACUUUUUUGCAGCGCUGCAGGCCCAGUACGUUUUAAACAACAACACCCCCCCCACCGUAUAAAUUAUUCUCUAAUAAAAUUUAAAAGCAUUAAGUAAUUUAGUUAUCAUAGUUUUAUUUCUUUAAUUAACUUUUCAUAAACAAAAAGUGCCACACAAUUUCUUGAUUUCAAAUCAUUUCUUGGACCCUAUCUCCAUUUAAAACACAUUUCUUGUACCCCACAAUUAAAAAUGACCUUGUUGUUCGCCGUCGCCUUCUAGUUGGGACUACAUCAUGCUCAAGAAGCAGUUGUAGGACUUGUAUACACUUGAAACCAAGAAAAUUAGCCUCUCUAAGGGUACUUUUACCAUCAGAGAGGGCUUCACAUGUGUUAGUCGAAAUAUGAUCUAUACCAGAGGUUCUCAACCUUUCUAAUGCUGCGACCCUUUAAUACAUUUCCUCAUGUUGUGGUGACCCCAACCACAAAAUGAUUUUAGUCAAUACUUUACAACUGUGCAGUAUAUGUGUUUUCAGAUGGUCAUAGGCGACCCUUGUGAAAGGGUCGUGCGACCCCCCAAAGGGGUCGCGACCCACAGGUUGAGAACCGCUGAUCUAUACGAUCGUGUAUUAUUAGAUGCUGCUCCUGAUAUAUAUGUGAAACUGGAAGAAGAUUAUCGGAUAGGUUCACUGAACAUCUUUGUGACAGGGCAAACUUUCCCCUGUCAUCCCAUUUCAAUGAUAAUAAACACCAAGGGACUUGAGUUAAAAGGGCAAAGAAAUUAAUUAAGAUUUCUGCCCAAUUAUACCAUUUUGAAUCAAUUAAAUACUGUCAAACUAGUGAUCCUCAAUUUCCAUAUAUUUCUUUUCUUAUUUCUUAUAUUUUACAUAUUUCCAAUAUAUCUUUGUGUGUUAAAUUCUUAUUUUUCAUAGUAAUAAUUCUUUUACCUCCUGUAAUCUUGGUUUUGGAAAACCCAACUUCCGACAGUAACGUUAGUGGUGAACACUUUUGAAUUACUUUCUAUUUCUUUUUGUUUCUUCAUUUGUCCUGUCUGCUGAAGAAGGCAUUAAGCCGAAAUGUUCUUCUUUUAUUUUUCGGUCUUUAUAUUUCAAGGUUGUCAUUGCCAGGGCGGGGGUGGAAGAUAAGCAUCCACUCCUCUAGAAAUGCCCUAUAAGGCUUGCGUCUACUAAUGCCUCUGUCAAUCAAAAUCAAGCUCCUGGCUUCACGUGCGGCUUCACAAAAAAGCCUGGCGGACCAUGUUUCUACUAACAGGAGAAGGGGUGAAGGCGGUCAACUGGCGCCUCAAAACCAGUAGCUUCGGGUAGAUGAGACUCGUAAACUAUGGCCGGUAGCUCAUAUAGAGGGAAACUCUGACUCCAAACCUCCGCUGCCUUGCGGCUAUACCCACACAGGAAAGGCUAAAGGAGAAAAUCAGGAAAUGGAGCUCCUAAGGCGGUCUGUUUUUGAAACCAAUUCCAUUCCGGCAGCUCCUGCGAUGCCAAUGGUGCCAAGCCGUAUCCACACUAGUCUAUCCCUUGGGUACACCAAUGGUGUGGAGAGGGGGAAUCUGCUGUCUGGGCAGCAGCUGAUCUCCAUACUACUUCGCCCAGGCUUUAUCUUCACUGGAGAGGAAGCGCUGCAAGCAAUAAAGAUAAUCUAUCGUCUCUUGCAGACGGAAAGGUGCCAUACAUACAUAUUUCAAGCUUCCACACACCUUGUUCCACUAUUUCCUUCUCAGGCCUAAAUUUAUUAUCCUUUAAAAAUGCAAAUUAAACUAAUUUUCUUGGUCUUCUCACAUCCUCUACACUGCCACUCCCACCCCAGGUUUUGAACCCCAUAAUUUGAUUAAAGUUAAAGUUCAACUUAAAAGGCACACCUAGGACUGACCAAUGUGCACACAACAGCUUACACUAUAUACUACAACAUUAAAAUCACUAAAUAUUUGUGCAUGUGACAAGUAUUAUUAAGUUUUAAUAAAAUUGACAAAAGCAAGGAGGCCACUAGACAUUUUAGUCACAGUUACUGUUAAAAACAAAAGUACAUGAAUGUAUUUUACACAGCUUACAUUUAUAUAAAUAUAAGCUAGACUGACCAUAUAACGCCUUAAAAACGAAUAAAUUUAAAUACAUUCCGAUUUUUAAAAACAAUGAUUGUGAUUUUCUAUUAUUGUAUGGAAAUGGGAUAUAUUUUAAAGGCUGCGGCUAUUCGGACCCGGUAUCAGAAGUGAGAGGUUGGGUUUAUUAAAAAAAUAUUAAAAAUAUUAUUGUUGGGUUUAUAAGAAAAAAUUUGGUAUCAAAUGAAAGAUAAUUGAAUGGACUAUACGUCUGUAAACUUACUUCUUCAGUUUAACUAAAAUAAACUACCACAAAUGACAUCGGAAUAGCAUUUAGUCUAAAGGGACCAGGAUCCGAAUGCGUUUCAAAACCAACUUCAUUUAUUUACCAGAAAAAUCCAAUAUUGAUUUCAUUUCGCACACCCUUUCAGUUGCUCCACUGCAAAUAUCUUGCCUGAAAGUAGGCUACCCGGUAAUCUAUGUACAUGCACAUAUGUAUUUUAUAAAAUGUUUUAAAAAUAGUUUACAUUUAUCUUUUUUUUUUCCCAGAUAAAAAUGCCAGAGGAAAACGGUAGAUUAAAACCAGAGGAUGAGAAGAGAAUUAGAAGCAACUUUGUUUUACUUAAGGGAGAGAUAGAUGGGAAAGAUUUUGUGGACUUUCUAUAUCAAGAACAUGUUUUUGAUGGAGAUGACAAGGAGAUGAUGAAUGCCUGCAAGAUAAGAUCAGAAAGAGCAGACCUUUUACUUACAUCUCUUCUUAAAUCUGGUCCAGGCAAAUCCUAUAAAUGCUUCUUUCAAAUUUUAAAUGAGAAGUAUCCAACAUUAGCAUCAAUAUUAGAGAGAACACCUACUGAUGAUUGUAGCUCAAGAUCUUAUUGUAAGCAUACUAAUACUACAGUUCAUAAUGGGCCAUUCACAUUUUUACUUAUAGCAUAUACAUACUUGGAGGAAUGUACAUUAUUAUAUCCCCCAUAAUUUUUAUAAAACCUCUCUAUGUGUAUGUACACAAUAUUUUAACACACAUAAAAACACACUUUACAAGUAUCCAAAGUCUUAAUUUCUCCCAAUUAUGCAUUGGUCAACAAAAGAUUUGUGAGCGUGAUCAUUUAUGGAAAAGUUGUUGAUCCUGAGUUGGUGAAUAGUUUUGUGAGGGAUGGACAAAGUGUUAAUGGUCAAUAUACAAGUGAUUUGUUUAAAUGCUGUGGGAAAAUGGGGUGGCGGUUAGUAAGUGGAGUCAUAGUCAAUAUGUUGAGUUUUUGUUAGAGUGGUUAGUGUGUUAAGUUCUGUUGAGCUGUAGUGUUGACAGCUCUUAGAGGGAUAAUGAUUUUAUUUCUGAGAGUGUCUGGAGUGUUAAUCGUCAGACAGCUUAACGACCAUUCCUUGGAUCUUUGUAUAAUAAUUAAUAUGUACUUCUUGAAUGAAUAUGUACUUCUUGAAUGAAGAAGUUUUGUAAUAACUAAGAACCUUAGUGUGGCAUGAUAACCCCUAGACAAUUUGAGCCAACGAACUACCUGUCAGAAUAUGGAGGGGGCUUAUAACAGUUCCCAGUAGGGUUUCGCAAAUAAGUGAAUUCACUGAUUUAAAAUCCAGUCCCCUUUAAUAUGUCUCUGUUAAAAUCUCCUUUGCUUCCUUUUUGUGACCCCCACCUUUUUUGUGGUUUUAGCUCAGCAGUGCUGUAGUAGGUGAAGGAUGUUUUUGGCAAAAUACCGGUACAUUUUUCUUAGAUUAACUUGUUACCACACGCUGCAUUCUGCUUCUUCUAAGAACAUUUGUUUUCCAUUACAUUAUUGGGGUACUUGAUGCACAUUACCAGUAUCUUUCUCAGGGGUCUUUUAAGGAAUACAUUCAGUGGCUAGACUUUUAUCUAUCUCAUUUUCCAUGUCUUACUGGCAAUCAUGGCAGUUGAGAUGAUGAUUCCGACAUGCAGGUUGAGUUUUACUGUUUUGGAUACAUUGUGCGUGUAGCCUUUGAAAUAUGAGUCCUUCUUGAUUCUGUUCCAUAUAUAUAUAUUUCUUUGUCUCUAUUUUUUUAGAUAGUGCCGCCAUGUUGUGUAGGUUUAUAAACCUCUUGAAGAAUCUGGUCACUGACUGCUAUAUUUACUUGGGUGUGACAUUAGAUAAACAUUAUUAAAAUCAACAAGAAUAAACUGAAUGUUUGUUUCUCCAUAUUUUAAUAACUUAAGGGCGUUUAAUUGUUUUUUUGUUACUGGAUCAUAUUAUUUUUCUGCCCCAUGUAACUAUAAUGUUGUUACCUGAAAUGAAGUCUAAAUACAUGUAUGAAAUCUAAAAGAGCCAAGUACCAAUCACUCACCAUACAGCCCUAUAAAUAUAAAGUUGAAAUUUUCCAUGUUGAUUCCUCUUCAGUUUUCAAGUACUGGGUAGCCUAAAAUGACCAAAGUCUGAAACAUGAUUAUGCUCUGGAAUGUUUUCCUUGUUUAGUGACAGGUUUUGGGGCCUGGAUUUCCGUAAUUGAGAAACUUUGUUGAUGAAGAUUUUAAACUUAGUUUUUUUAGCUUUUAGAAAUCUAUUUACAAUUAAAUACGACUGAUUGACUGUUAACUCACUGAUCACAAGAUCUCAAGAACAACAAGCCAUAUGAAGUUAAAAUUUUGCAUGGUGAUUCCUCUUUAAAACUAAGGGGUUUGAAAAGAUAAAAUUCUGAAACAUAAAAAUUCCAUGGUUUAUUUCAUAUGGGUACUUUCUGUUUGUGUUUUGAUGUUUGUUUUAUGCGUUUGAACUUAUUUUUUCUGCUUCAUUUUUGAGCCAUAAAGUGUGGCUUUACAGUAUCUCAAAACAUUAAUACUGGACUACCAUUAUGUUCUUUAUAUUUUAACCUGAAAAGGUACAAAAUAAUUUAUCAUAGUUAAUGAUUUUCUUUAAAUAUUUGAAUUAUGUUGUUUUCUUUUUGAUGGUAUUUAAAAAAAUUUUUAAGGUUUUGAAUUUCAUUUUAUACAUGAAUGAAUUGAUAUUGGUGAACCCAAUGACUGCUCAUCUCCUUGAUGCCAAAUGGAAGUUAUGGGUAUUGCUUAUUCAGGGCACUAUAAUUCUGUGUCUGUGGGUAUGCUGUGUGGAUAAUUGAUGUUAGGGGACAAGUUGUAAGUCAAGUCAUUGAUAAAAAGCAGGAAUAUGACAUGUGUUCACUAAAUUCAUAUGAUGAAAAUACCUAACGAAAAUGAAGAGUUGUUAGCUGGAAAAAAAUAUGAUUAAACGUAUUUAUCUCUUCUUGCAAGGUAAAGGCAGCUUCAUAUGUUUACACGAGAUAAAAGUUCGAGAUUUACUAUAAAAGUGUAUUGGGCGUGUUUUUUGGAAGGGUCUGUCGCAAAGAGGGUCAGGUUCUUUGGAAACUCAUACAGUAGUCAAUUUGACGGGUAGAGGGAGCUGGGUUUAAUUAUUUUGCAGAUAACCAAAGUAAUGGCCAGGAUGAUUGACAUGGCCUCAGUCUGCCCAACUCAUUUUAGAAGAGGUAUUACCCGUGAAAGUUUGCGUUGGGAUGACAGUCAUUAAAUAGCAUAGAUUGGUUGGUUGUUAGACAUUGUACGCCUUUAACCAUGGUAAUUUUUAUGUUGGAUACUCACGUGUAACUUCUUCUACGUCUGCUCACGUCCAACGGGUACACAGUAGAGAAUGUUUACACAUAAGUGCUUUAUUAAAGUUAUUUUUUCAGUUUACUCUUUAUUUUCGUUGUUGUUCUUGGGUUUGAUUUUAUUGCUGAAAGCUGACAAAAUUUAAUUUAGAUGACAUGAAAAAAUUAUUGACAUUUUGUAUAUUUCAUUUAUUAAUUUUUAAAAAUCAUGUCAGUCAUGUUCGCACUAUUUGUUAAUGUUAAUCAGCCAUCUAGGGAGGGAGUUUAGUGAACCUAAAAUGUUUUGUUAUGCAUUUGGCGCAUACCUGAACUUAGUUUCUGCAUUGCUCUACUCUGAGAACACCAAAAAAUGCCGCCUGAGCUUACCACCCCACUUCUCCCUCUUCCUACAUAUUUCCUUGGCUAAUGUGUGUAAUUCUAUUAGUGCUGUAUCAGUUUAAAAAAAAACUUCUAAUCACUUUAUUUUAUUUUUUGUAGUUUUAAGAAUUAGAGGGCCGAUUGUUUGCAUCAGGUGUCUAAAAAGUUAAUCCUGCACUGACAUCCAGUAGUAUUUCAUGAAUUUUUUUGAGACCCAGCAUUUUUGCUUUUUUGGUCCUGUACCAGGUUGGGACCAUGCAUAUGGGAAACGCUGCUCUAGAUUAAACUCUUAAUACUUCUGUUUUUUUUCCUCUUAAAUCUAUCUUAUUUGUCAUAAACCCGGUACUUCUUUUUUUAAACAAAGUAAAAGCAGCUUGAUUGAUAGUAUUGAAAUUAUUUUGUAUUUAAAAAAAUUUCUACACUCAGAAAAAAUAAAGUUAUAUUUUAAAUGCCAUUUUCAGACUCCUGGUUUGAUUCCGUUGAUGAAGUGAAAAAGAGGCACAAGAUAACCCAAGCUGAUACUUGCAAGUUAUUUGAGUGUUUUGAUGAUAACUGGCCAAAUAUAUUCCACCAAUUAGGUUUUUCUAGUGGUGAGAUUGAACAGGAAUACAUCAAACAUCAACAUGACAGUCGUGCAGAGAUGAUGAGUUUGUUAAUGAAAGGAAACAGACAGAGAGUAACAGUAGUACAAGAUGAUAGAGAUUUCACCCUUGAGGAGGUGGUAGAAGCUUUGAAAAGAGUUGAAGAUACCGCAGUUUGUUUUAUAAAAUGGGAUGCAGUUAAGCAAUUUGUUAAUAAGAUUUAAUCAUUAAAAUUCCUGCUAAAUUGUACUAACUGUGAUCUGAUGUUUGUAUCAAUUUAGAGUGGUUGCCAUUUUUGUAACGGUAUCCUCUUCAAUAUAUUUUAAAUAUAUACCUGUAUAUUAAAUGAUAGUUAUUAUAUGAAAUACUGAUCUUAUUUAGUAAAGAGUUGUAUUCAUUAUUAUUUUAAGUGCUCAACUUUAUUUUUUAAAGUAUCAGUACCAUCAGCCAGCUGAAUUGUGUUUGUGUGAUUUACAUAAUUUAGCUUGUCUUUUUCUUAUAACAAGCCUAUUUAGUUGGAAAAUCCAAAGAAAACAGUGCAACGUAAUCAUCAUAAAAAAAUAAUUUUGAGGGAAGAAGUGUAUAAUUUUUACUCAUCUUACUGUGAAACACAUUGUUUUUCAUAUCAUAACAAAUAAUUUGGUAAAAGAUGCCUUCUUAACUAUCUACAUUUCAAUGAAGCGAAAAGCCAUUAAUGUUUUAAAAAACUAACGAUUAUGAAUAAAUUCAUGAAAUAUGAUAACUUUAAAAUGAUGUAUUAAUUGUUCUAUUUAUAAUAUUUUUUUAAAAAAAGAAGUGUGAAUUCCAAUUUUGGACGUACUUUAUUCUUGCAGAAAAUUCAAUUUUAUUAAUUUAUUUAAAUAUGUUGGGAUGCAUCCUGUGCAUUACCAGAGCCUUAUUUUUGUGAGAGCCAAAAAUGGAACACAAAAGUAACAAACAUUUAUAUCAAUUCUGACCCAAUUAUAAAUGUCAGUAGCAUAAUAAUGUCCCUAAUACUAAUCUAAUUGAAUUUGUUGACUGGAGAGAGGAAAAAAUAAUUAAAUGUCCUACAUGGUUAUUUUCCAACAGAUGAGCUUAUUUAAAUUAUUUGGUCAACUUAAAAUUCAAAUAGCACAGAAUAAUGCGGCUCGCAUUGUUCUUCACAAACGCAAGUUCGACCAUGCUAAAACACUUUUGAGAGAAUUGCACUGGCUGUCGGUCCGUGCUCGCAUAGAGUACAAAAUUGCAACUUUGUGCUGCCGCUGCUUAUAUGACCUGGCGCCGUCCUAUCUGAAAGAGCUUCUGACGCCUUAUGUACCCACUAGACAACUCCGCUCAUCCGAUAGUGGCAAACUCUCGACACCACGUGUUCGCCUUGAGACUUACGGAAACCGCACUUUCGCAUUUGCUGGCCCAACAAUUUGGAACGCCCUUCCUGUCGCUCUCAGAAACAACCAGACACUGCAGUCCUUUAACCGAUUUAAAGACACAUCUAUUUCGCAAACACCUUCUGGGAUGAUUGUCUACCAUAUUUUCCAGUUAAUGCGUAUUGGGUGUGUUGCUAAAGGUUGAAAUGGGUAGAAGUAGAAUGACUUUGACUUGGUGUGCUUGUAAUUAGUUUUGUAAUGUUGCGUUUGUUUUAAAUGUGGUAAAUUAUAGGUUGUAUUUUUUGGUUGACUUUGUACCGCGCUUCGAGCCUUUGGGGAUGAAGCGUGUUUUUUAAAUAAACUUUUUUAUUAUUAUUAUAAUGUUUAAUAAGAAAAUAUUUAAAUUUAAUAUAUAUUUCCCCCCCUUUUUUGUAUUAAAGUUAAAGAAAAGAGGUAAAACUUAAAUCUGAAAUGAUUUUUUAUUUUUAUUGCUGAGAGGCGCUGACCAUAACAAGUGCUUGUUUCCAUCAGGAAAAUAUUCAGGAAGUGCCAAUAUGGUACAUUAUAUAGGGGAAUAUCAAGAAAACAUCAAAUAUAUGAAGCAGUCAGUUUCAUUCUCAUAUUAUAUUAAGUUCCCCAUGUUAAAUGACAUUAAACCAUACAUUUAAGUACAAUACACAAUGUUGCAUUAAGUUGGGGUGAUGCGGUGUGAAUAAUGGCACUAGAAAUAAAACAUGAAUAGACUUUAACAAAAUAUACAUCCAAAACCUGUCCCGUACUCCAUCCAUAUAUUUUCAGUAUAACAUAGCAACCUUGUGCAUUCACUUGUUCUCUAAUAUAUUUGUAAGCUUUUAAUAUAGAUUCAUUCAUUGUUUGCAUUCAGCACAGGCUAUAGACUUUUUAUUGUAGUUGCUAAGGCUAGAUUUAAACAAAAAUAUGCCAGCUCCCAUAAAUUUGUUCCUAAAGGUGGGUGCUUUCUCUGUUUAUACGUAACACGAGUGCAAUGUGUGCAUUUGAAUACAUCUUUAUGCCCAAUUAGACACAUUCAUUAAAAAUCUUGUUUUCAUUCACCUAAUAUAAUACGGUACUUAGCAAAUAAACAGAUUCCUUCUGCAUAAUAUACAUGUCAUCACCUUUCUUUCAAACUUUCAUACCAAAUUUAUAUAAUGGG